AUGGAUGCCAGUGAACUUGCCUUUGGGAAUCUCUUUCUGUUACAAAUUGUCUUUGGGGUCUCAGGGAAUGUGUUCCUCCUCCUAGUUUAUGCAAAUGUAGUCUCUACCACCCAGCAGCUGAAUCCUCGGGACCUGAUCCUAGCCCACCUGGCCCUGGCCAACACCAUGGCCCUUCUCAGCCGGGGGAUCCCCGACAUCCUGUCUGCUUGGGGGCUGAAUAAUUUCCUGGAUGACGUUGGUUGUAAAAUCCUCUUAUACAUUUAUCGGGUGGCACGGGGUCUUGUCAUCUGCACCACCUGCCUCCUGAGUGUCUUCCAGGCUGUCACCAUCAGCCCUGGCACCACCCAGUGGGCAGGAGUCAAAAUCCAAUUCCCCAAGUGCAUCCUCCCCUCCUGUCUCUUCUUCUGGGUCCUCAAUCUGCUCUUUGACCUGACUACACCGAUGGGCAUCAUGGGACCUAGUAACAGCACCAGUAUAAAUAGGGUCAUCUUCCUGAAAUACUGCUCCUCCUUCAAGACCAGUGCAGUCUCAACCCUGGUCUUUGCAGUGGUGCUCUCCCUACGCGAUGUAUUCUUCGUGGGACUCAUGAGCACGGCCAGUGGCUACAUGAUAUUUGUCCUGCACAGACACCACCGGCAGGUCCGACAACUCCACCGGGCCGGAUGCUCCCGCAAGGCAAUGCCCGAGGUCAGAGCAGCAAAGAGAAUCAUUACCCUGGUCACCCUCUACGUGCUCUUCUAUGGACAGAACACAAUCACCCUGAGUUUUUUAUUAAAUAUGAAGAUAAAUUCCUUUCUAAUUAUUAAUAGCAACAACAUUAUGUCUUUAAUGUUUUCAGCUGUCAGUCCAUUUCUGAUGAUUCUCAGCGAUAAGAGAGUGAGAAUGUUCUGGAAAAGAGAUUCUCAUAUUCCCAACUGGGAUCCCUCUUAG